AUGGGGCUGGUAGAAAAGCAGGUCCGUGUUUGCUGGCGGCAGGUGGAAGCCAUGGAUGCAGUGAGGCGAGGUGCAGAGUUGGCUGUUGAGGAGUGCCAGCACCAGUUUCACUCUUGCCGGUGGAACUGCUCCACACUACAGGGGCUGCAGGUCUUUGGCAAGGUCACCAUCCAAGGCACGUGGGAGUCUGCUUUCAUCCACGCCAUCUCUGCCACUGGCGUUGCCUUUGCUGUGACUCGUGCCUGCAGCCGUGGGGAGCUGGAGAAGUGUGGCUGUGACCGCAAGAUCCGAGGACUGAGCCCUGAAGGUUUCCAAUGGUCGGGCUGCUCUGAUAACCUGUCGUACGGGAUUGCCUUUUCUCAAGCCUUUGUAGACAACCCUGAGAGGAGCCGUGGCAUCUCCUCCAGCCAAGCACUCAUGAACCUGCACAACAAUGAGGCUGGGAGGAAGGCUCUCCUGGCCCACAUGAAGGUGGAGUGCAAGUGCCACGGCGUGUCAGGCUCCUGCGAGGUGCACACAUGCUGGAAGGUCAUGCCUCCCUUUCGCAAGGUGGGCAACAUCCUCAAGGAAAAGUUUGAGGGGGCGACGGAUGUUCACCCCAAGCGGGUCGGUUUCCACAAGCUUCUGGUGCCCAAGAGCUCUCGCGUCAAGCCCUACAUGGCUCAUGACCUGGUCUAUCUUUUGGCCAGCCCAGACUUCUGCAACUGGGACCCCCGGCACGGGGUAUUUGGCACCUAUGGCCGUUGGUGCAACUGGAUGUCGCCGGCCAUGGACAGCUGCGAGCUCCUGUGCUGCGGCAGGGGCUUCCACACGGCUCAGGCAGAGGUGGUGGAGUAG